CUAAACAGAACAGCUCGUAAUAAAAAUGGAAUUUACUCACAUGACCAGGCUUUGAAAUGUAAGGAGAUUCAGGACAACGUUUUGUUUUCAUCUGUCAAGAAGAAAAGGUAUUCUGAAAAUUAUUACCUUCAGAUAGUCACAAAACUACAGCACUGUGCAUGGAAAAGGAGGCCAGAAGAAUAUGAAAAAUUUAGGUCAGAACUCGCUUCCUGCUGUGACGCUGCUCACAACUUCAUUGUUUCUCAAAACAAUACCCCACUGGGAAGUAACUUGAGUUAUGAAGUGGACCAUAAAAAGUCUAUCCAUAUCACAGAAGACAUUUUUAGGAUGCUGCCUGCGUCCCCUCCCUUUCUGAGCCACCCCUUCAAGCACUGUGCAGUGGUUGGAAAUGGGGGCAUUCUGAAAAACUCCAGCUGUGGCAUGGAAAUUAAUAAUUCUGACUUUGUAUUCAGGUGUAACCUUCCUCCAACCACAGGAAGCAUUAGCAAAGAUGUUGGCAAUAAAACAAAUCUUGUGACUGUUAAUCCAAGCAUCAUUGCACAGAAAUACAAGAAACUGAAAGCAAAGAAGAUGACAUUUCUGCAGAACAUUGCAGUUUAUGGAGAUGCUUUUCUUUUAUUGCCAGCAUUUUCCUUCAGAAGCAACACAGCUGCUUCUUUUAAAGUAUACCAUACUCUUCACGAGUUCGGAGCAAAACAGAGGGCAAUAUUUUUUCAUCCAAGGUACCUGAAAAGCCUUGCCCGGUUCUGGAGAACUAAGGGCGUGAAAGCAUAUCGAUUGUCUUCUGGUUUUAUGAUCACUAGUGCUGCUGUUGAGCUGUGUGAGAAUGUGAAGUUGUAUGGCUUCUGGCCUUUCUCAAAAAACAUAGAGGAAGUGCCAAUCAGCCAUCACUAUUAUGACAACCAGCUGCCUAAACCAGGUUUCCAUGCAAUGCCUAAAGAAUACAACCAAAUUCUGAAGCUUCAUGGGAAGGGUAUUUUGAAGCUGCAGUUUGGUCAGUGUGGAUGAGACUAAUCAGAAUCCUGAAGAAAAGACAUAGGAAUGAGUAGUACUGAUGACUAUGGAAGGAUAUUCUCCUUAAAUACAAGAUUGCUGGCUUUUUAUCCUUUUUCUUCAGUUCAGUGCCUGACAGGGACAGAUUCCUCACAGCAAGGCUGUAAGGAAGCAGCCUGCCAGGCUUCUCAGCUCUUUCACUAAAUUAUGGGUGAAUAUCAUAGCAGUUAUGACACACCUUUGAGCUGUUAUAACUGCAUUCCAUGAACAUAACACCAAAUAAUGCUGAUAGUGUAAGCUCUGCAACUGUUAUUGUAAAAAAGUCUCUUUAAAAAAAAUCUACCAUCACUAAAUCUGUUUGCUUUCAGAUAUAAACUUGAUAUUGUCUGCUCCCACCUGUGUUUAGGAUGUGCACAGUAAACUGUAUAAACGUCUCUUUGCAGGGUUUAGGAGGCAUGCAAUGCCACUGUAUUUUUAUUGCAAUGCACUUUCUGUGUUUUUAUUGCAGAAAACCCAGAUGAAGGUGUAUUAUUGAGAUAUUGAUUAGCUUAUUUAAUUUAUACUUUGUUUUAUGUUUAAGUGCCUACUGAUUUAAUGUUAAAGGAUGCAUGGUUUCACUGUUCUGAUGCAUACUUAGGACACUGCACCUGUUACAUGUUCUGUAAUGGAAUAUUUUUGCAAACUCGUUUGGAAAUAAAAACUUAUUAAACUGA